AUGAAGUGGGUGAUAGUUACGCUGAGUCUACUGGCAGCAGUGGGAGCCGUCUCCUUCUUCGACCUCGUUAAGGAAGAAUGGAAUGCUUACAAGUUGGAGCACAACAAGAAGUACGACAGCGAUAUAGAGGACCGGUUCCGCAUGAAGAUCUACGCGGAGAACAAGCACCGCAUCGCCAAGCACAACCAGCUGUACCAGCGCGGCCAGGUGUCGUACAAGCUGCAGCAGAACAAGUACGGCGACCUGCUGCACCACGAGUUCGUGCACAUCAUGAACGGGUUCAACAGGACCGCCAAGCACAACAAGGGGUUGUACAAGGGUCGCGAGUCUCGCGGGGCCACUUUCAUCGCGCCGGCGCACCUGCAGGUCCCGCAGCAGGUGGACUGGCGCACUCAGGGCGCCGUCACCGAGAUCAAGGACCAGGGCAAGUGCGGCUCCUGCUGGUCCUUCAGCUCGACUGGCGCUCUGGAGGGUCAACAUUUCCGCAAGAGCGGCGUAUUGGUAUCGCUGUCGGAGCAGAAUCUGAUCGACUGCUCGAGCGCGUACGGCAACAACGGAUGCAACGGGGGACUCAUGGACAACGCCUUCAAGUACAUCCGGGACAACCACGGCAUCGACACAGAGAAGACCUACCCUUAUGAGGGCGUCGAUGACAAGUGCAGAUACAACCCGGGCAACAAUGGCGCCGACGACGUCGGAUUCGCUGACAUUCCGGCCGGCGACGAACAGAAGUUGAUGGAAGCCGUCGCCAGCGUCGGGCCUGUGUCUGUAGCCAUCGACGCUUCGCAGGAAUCCUUCCAGUUCUACAACACCGGCGUCUACUACGACGAGAAUUGCUCCUCCGAUAACCUGGACCACGGGGUCCUCGUGGUCGGCUACGGCACCGACGAGACCGGUGGCGACUACUGGCUGGUGAAGAACUCGUGGGGCCGCACCUGGGGCGACCUCGGAUACAUCAAGAUGGCGCGCAACCGCAACAACCACUGCGGCAUCGCCUCCGCCGCCUCCUACCCGCUCCCUCUAACUACCCGCGUCUCAAUUAAACCAAUAAUUACCCCAUCCCAGCCUCUAACUACCCGCGUCUCAAUUAAACCAAUAAUUACCCCAUCCCAGCCUCUAACUACCCGCGUCUCAAUUAAACCAAUAAUUACCCCAUCCCAGCCUCUAACUACCCGCGUCUCAAUUAAACCAAUAAUUACCCCAUCCCAGCCUCUAACUACCCGCGUCUCAAUUAAACCAAUAAUUACCCCAUCCCAGCCUCUAACUACCCGCGUCUCAAUUAAACCAAUAAUUACCCCAUCCCAGCCUCUAACUACCCGCGUCUCAAUUAAACCAAUAAUUACCCCAUCCAAGCCUCUAACUACCCGCGUCUCAAUUAAACCAAUAAUUACCCCAUCCCAGCCUCUAACUACCCGCGUCUCAAUUAAACCAAUAAUUACCCCAUCCCAGCCUCUAACUACCCGCGUCUCAAUUAAACCAAUAAUUACCCCAUCCCAGCCUCUAACUACCCGCGUCUCAAUUAAACCAAUAAUUACCCCAUCCAAGCCUCUAACUACCCGCGUCUCAAUUAAACCAAUAAUUACCCCAUCCCAGCCUCUAACUACCCGCGUCUCAAUUAAACCAAUAAUUACCCCAUCCCAGUAUCUAACUACCCGCGUGUCAAUUAAAGCAAUAAUUUAA